AUGUGGGCACUUUCCAUGCUCACUAAAGCGCCCAUGGCUACUAGUUCUAUCAUGGUCGGUGUUACUAGCUAUGGACGGUCAUUUGAGAUGACCACUGCCGGAUGCUAUACCUCUGAUUGCACCUGGGAUGCGGCCGGAGCGGCCGGACCAUGUACUGACACGGCGGGCUACAUCUCCAACGCAGAGAUCAACCAGAUUCUGGCGGAGAACUCGAAUGCUCAACAGCUCUUCAGCAGUGGUGAUGAUUCCGACAUCUUGGUAUACAAUGACACGCAAUGGGUAGCCUAUAUGACCAACACCACGAAGAGCACGCGCACUGCCUAUUACAAGACUUUCAAUUUUGCUGGAACCAGCGAAUGGGCGAUCGACUUGGAAGAAUAUGAAAUCUUUUUCUACAGCGACGACAAUGGUGACACCACUACUAGCACUUCAACAGAGCUUUUUGAAUCGAAAGCUUAUUCAGCGUCCUUGAAUCUUGCUUCUGAUUACAACAUCGAUGUCAAUUAUAAUCUCUCGUGCAUCAACCUGAUCCAGGGCGAUAACACCACUGCACAGCUUGAGGAGUAUGUGGUGCUGGGAGCUCUCAAAAUCGAUGAAAUUCUAUAUGAGUACAAAGGUCAGGGCAAACUCCCUUACACCUAA